AACGAGUGCAUCCCUGAACAAACUGCUUGCUCCUAUUCCCACUACUACAGUACUACAUACACCCCCACCCCCACUCCCACAGAAUGAAGUAAUGAACCUCAAGAUCAUUUCCUUCGUUUCCUUUCCUUCCGAAGAAUAAUAGGGAAAUGCGGGAGAGAGCAUCUGCUAUCUCAUCCUCAACUACCUCAGUCAGAUCGACAUUACUAUUGGCCGGGAGAAGCGAUACCGGCGGACCACCACCUCAGCUCAUCGAUCCGGCGGCGGCGGUUUAGCGGAUGGCAUUUCUUCUCGUCAGCCUUGGUGGAGGAGGCCGGCCAGGGCCAGAUAGAGAGGGAGGAGCUGUUGCUGUGCUUACGGGAUGCACUGAGCUUGAUGAUGAAUCUGAUGGUCUCGUGAUCCAAAUUUGCCGGCCGUAUUUAUCCGGUAGAGAGAAGAUAAUUUUGAGCGAAAGGGUGCGGGCAAAAAUUCUUCCAGUUCCUCCUGUCUUGUUUCCUCGUUUGUUUUUCGGAAAACUAACGGGGCAACACGUUUAACCCCAUUCAGUUAGUCAGUGUCCAAAAAUGAUCCUUAAAGGUGAAUUAUGAUGGAUUUAUUUGGUCUAUUUAUGAGAAUUAUUGAACGCCGACAUAUCCAGGAAUACCAUGAUAAAGCUCUAACAAUUGGCUUAAAAGGCAUGAGUCUGCUUUUUCUCGUCUGGUAGAAUGGGAGGGCAUUGCAAAGUCAAGUAGUGUUAGAGACUUUAAUAAUUAUGCCGCUCGUCUCGUGGAACUAUGAGCCCCACUAUUGGAGCUCCCCUUCUUGUUCUCCUUCCGUCCGACCUCUGGCGCGUUGUUCCAGUUGAUCACUACACUCAUCAUGCUCAGAACAUCCCUACUUAUGGAUUAUUGUAUACGGAAGGCCAGGUCACAAUCAUUUUAUCUCCUUUGUCCAUUCAGUUCUUGGUAGGUGCCAUUGAUUUUGUUUUGAAUGUUCUGAAAAUCGCCAUUAAUGUCUGCAGACCUGAAUUGCUUUGCUCUUCCUAUUGUGUUUUUAUUCCGGAUUUAGCUUUUGCUAUUGUGUUUUCAUUUGUUCAGGGACUUUAGGUAGGGAUUUCUAUCAUUUGGGGAUGGAAUUGAGUUGCUGGUUUGUUUGGAGGUUUAUUAUCUAUGAUAAAUUUACUUUUUUUGUUGCUUUGGGUUUUUAAUAGAAGUUCAGAAUCCAUGUAUGUCUGUUGAAUACUAAUAAUUGUCCACAACUGUUUUCCUUUUGUUGCUUUCCGUUUGAGCCAGGCCUAGAGUUUAAGAAUAAAAAGUGCUACUGCUAUUUUUCUAUUUGUUUGCUUGAAAAAAUGCACAUCUAGGACAAAAUAGCUAAAAAAAGUAAACAAUCCAUAGAGCCAUAGAGGGACUCGAUGCAUUCACAUAUGGGUGCAUUCAUGUUUAUAAUUCCAUAAAAUUAGCCCGGGCUUUGUGAUAACACUAUACUUUGUGUAUUUAACAGUCUAUUUGGCAUUCAUCCAAAAAUGGAUUAACGAUAAUCCAUAAAAUCAAACUAGAUUUAAAGGUAAGUGUUGGAACUCAGUGUGAAUUUAUCUAUUGUUAUUGUAAUUCAUUGCCCAUGUAUUUUAAUUCUUCUUGGGAUAAGGCUCAAAUUGGACAUUAUGGUUUUAUCAGAAUCUCAUAUUGGACACUAAGGUUUCAAAUGGACCAAAUUAGACACUAUGGUUUCAUAUAUAUCUCAUAUUGGACACUAAGUUUCAUAAUUCAUAGUUUUUGGACACUCACUUAUAUUGGAUAAAGAUCAAAUUGGACACUCACUUAUAUUGAAUUUUGAAACUUUAGUGUCCAAUAUGAGAUACAUAUGAAACCAUAGUGUCUAAUUUGGUCCAUUUGAAACCUUAGUGUCCAAUAUGAGAUUCUGAUGAAACCAGUGUCCAAUUUGAGCCUUAUCUCAUUCUUCUUUGGCAGGUAGAUUUUCAACUGCGAAAAAGAUUGAAGAGUACAAUAAUAGCCUAUUUGAGUUGUGUCUUCUUAAGCAAUCCUUACAUUUUAAGUGAAUAGCAGAGGUUCCCUCGUAUACAUAGUUUAAUAGUAGAUGGAAAAACCCAUUUUGGGAUGGUCUUUUGUCAAAGAACUGCUAUAUUUAAUUGAAAUUGCUUGACAGUGUACUCAUUUGGAAUUGCUUGACAAUGUACUCAUUUGUGCUUAAUUUUAAAAAUGCUUUUAAAAUUAUAAGGAUUCUGGAUUAUGAGGUGUUAGCUACUUAGCUUCUAUGGUUCAUUCGGAAACAGUCUCCCUUAUGCUUUAGUAUAGGAGUAAGACUGCAUAGUGCGUACAUCCGACUCCCCUUUCCCCAUCGAAGGUGUGGGAGCCUUUGGGGUAAUGAUGGUGAUGAUGAUGAGCUUCUUAGUUAAAAUGAACAUGAAUAAAUUAUUUUGUCUCUUCAAGCAACCCCACCCCAAAUUAUCAUAAAUUAUCAUAAAUUAUCAUUGCAUUAUGGUUUGCUCAUCCAAAAACAACACUCCCACCAGUUUCCCCAUCUUGUUGAAACACUUGGCUGCUACUCCUCUGCAACAAAAACAAGCUCGGAUUACUCAUCUUCCCCAUGAUUGACAUUAUUGCUCUUUGUUCUGGAGUGAUUGUUUUAACUCAUUAACUUAUGGGUCUUUUGUAUCCCCUGUGUAUAUUAUCUUUUGAUGCAAGAUGAAACUUAUGCCUAUAAUUGAUUGGAAAGUAGACCAUGGCUUGCCCCUCUACUUUUACAUGUAUAUAAAUAUAGAUGUUUUUGCACUAACUAUGCUAUCCCUUUUGUGUAAUUGGCUGCAUAUGCCUGUCAAACUUAUUGUAAUAUGUAAUAUACUUAUGGUUAGUACAAUUCAAACUGCUCUUUGUCUUGUAAAAUACCUAUUGUUGAUUAUCAUCACCACUGCUCAAAUUAUUCAUA